CUCAACUGUCUCCAACUCCGACCUUCUCAUCCACCCUCUACCUCCUCACGAUCCUCCAUUCCUGUCCUUCACUAUUUCGAUAUUGCGUUUCUGUUACAUGCAAGAUGUCUCGGCGAUAUGAUUCACGGACUACCAUCUUCUCCCCAGAGGGUCGACUGUACCAGGUUGAAUAUGCCCUCGAGGCCAUCUCACAUGCCGGUACUGCUCUCGGUAUUCUAGCCAAGGACGGCAUUGUCCUUGCCGCUGAGAGGAAGGUGACCAGCAAGCUGUUGGAGCAGGAUACCUCCGCCGAGAAGCUCUAUACCAUCAACGAUAACAUGAUCUGCGCCGUCGCUGGUAUGAACGCCGACGCCAAUAUCCUCAUCAACUACGCACGUCAAAAUGCCCAACGCUAUCUCCUCACCUACAACGAAGACAUUCCUUGCGAACAGCUGGUGCGCCGACUGUGUGAUCUGAAGCAAGGAUAUACCCAACAUGGUGGUCUCCGUCCGUUCGGUGUGUCAUUCAUCUACGCUGGGUGGGAUCACCUGCGCCAGUUCCAGUUGUACCAGAGCAACCCGAGUGGAAAUUACGGAGGCUGGAAGGCCACCAGCGUCGGCGCCAACAAUGCCAGCGCACAGAGUCUGCUGAAGCAAGACUACAAGGAGGAUUCCACUUUGCAGGAGGCUUGUGCAAUGGCUGUCAAGGUCCUGAGCAAGACGAUGGAUUCCACAAAGCUGAGCAGUGAGAAGAUCGAGUUCGCAACGGUGGGCAAGACCAAGGACGGAAAGAUCUACCACCACCUUUGGAGUGCCGAUGAGAUUGAUGCGCUUCUCCGGGAACAAGGGCUGGCCAAGGUGGAUGAUGAGCCCGAGGCUGGUGAGAUAAAAUAGAAUAAUACCUUUGCUUGUGUUUCAGAUACUUGAGAAUUGACA